AUGGCGGUUCGGUUCUUCCAGAACCCGAUGCCCGAAUUCGUACCCGAAGCGACGCCGUCUACUCCGCAGGAGCAAGAGGAAGCCCUCACAGUAGGGGACUCACUCCCGAAGCUCCUGGCCAUGCCUCACGCGCCACUCUCGGAGCGUCUCAAACGGGCUGCUCUGGACCUCAAAGAAACCAUAGUGAUAGAAACGUGGGGGAUUUCCGGGCAAAACGUUGGUGACUUCACUCUCUACUGCGGCGUUCUGGGCACCGCUUUUCUGCUCUUGAAGUCUUACGAAGUGACGCGCAACGGGAACGAUCUUUCUCUUUGCUCUCAGAUUGUGAAGGCUUGCGACGCCGCUUCCGUUCGUUCCAGGGACGUGACCUUUAUUUGUGGGCGUGCUGGCGUGUGCUCUCUCGGGGCCGUGGCUGCAAAACACGCUGGGGAUGAUGAGUCCUUGAGAUACUACUUGGCUCAGUUCCAAAAGAUUAAACUUUCAAAAGAUCUUCCCGAUGAGUUGUUGUAUGGGAGAGUUGGUUUUCUUUGGGCAUGUUUGUUCCUAAGCAAGCACCUUGGUCAGGGGACAGUUCCUUCCAAUUAUACAGCUUCGGUUGUUGAUGAAGUCAUUAAAAGUGGAAGGGCGUUGGGUAGGAAGGGAAGAUGCCCAUUAAUGUUUGAAUGGUAUGGGGAGAAGUAUUGGGGUGCUGCACAUGGAUUGGCUGGGAUUAUGCAUGUGCUGAUGGAUAUGGAGUUGAAGCCAGAUGAGCUUGAGGACGUUAAGGGAACUCUCAAAUACAUGAUAAAGAAUAGCUUUUCGAGCGGAAACUAUCCUGCUAGUGAAGAUGAUAGGAAGAACGACGUUCUUGUGCACUGGUGUCAUGGAGCUCCAGGGAUAGCCCUUACACUUGUCAAAGCAGCUAAGGUUUUUGGAGAUAAAGAAUUCUUGGAUGCAGCUAUGGAAGCAGGAGAUGUGGUUUGGAAUCGUGGUCUGCUUAAGAAAGUUGGGAUAUGCCAUGGUAUAAGUGGGAAUGCAUAUGUGUUUCUGUCACUGUACCAACUUACAGGGAAUGUGAAGCAUCUAUACAGGGCCAAGGCUUUUGCUUGCUUUUUGCUCGACAAAGCUCAUAAGCUGAUAUCUCAAGGUGAAAUGCAUGGAGGUGAUAGACCAUAUUCACUGUUUGAAGGGCUAGGAGGCAUGUCUUAUCUUUUCUUGGAUAUGAUAGAUCCUUCCCUGUCUAGAUUUCCAGCUUAUGAACUCUGA